CAUGGGGAGGUAGUGGCAGCAACUACCCUGAGUUUGUGCUUCAGAUUUAAGAAUGCAGUAGAAGGUAAUGGCUUGGUGAGGACAUCUGCCCAUUGGUCAGUGCCUGGAAUGUGUAACACUUGCAGUUGCUUAGCCAGAACUUUUUCCCUAACAAAAAACAAAUCAAUCUCCAGAUACUUUCAUUCUAAUUGUUUGAAAAAUUCAAGUUUAACUUAUUGAAUGUGUGAUUCUCUCUGUCUCCUUUCAAAACAGUUAGGAUCACCUGCUAUAAACACAACAAUUUGGAUCACAUGCUCUUGUCUCAAUUUGUUUUCACAAACAUGGGAUUCCCCAAAACCUCCUUUUCUCUUCUCUCGUUCUUCAUUUUACUUUCUUCAUCUUAUGCAACUUCUCGCUUCACACUUCAACAAGGUUUUCCGUCAACGACAAAAUUUUCACCAAAUCAACAAGGUGAUUUCGUCCCAGGAAAAAUCGUAGAGAAGACAUUUUCGUUUCUCACUAGUUCUGAUGGAACUUCUGUUGAAGAUCUUGGUCACCAUGCUGGAUUCUAUUCGCUUCUUCGUUCCAAAUCUGCUAGGAUGUUCUAUGUUUUCAUUGAAUCAAGAAAUGGUGCUAAAGACACACCAUUGAUGUUAUGGUUGACUGGAGGGCCACGUUGUGCCAGUGCAUUCGCUAUGUUUCGUGAAAAUGGUCCUUUUCAAAUUAACAAUGAUCCGUCUCUUUCACCGAGUGCCUAUGGAUGGGACAAGGUAUCAAAUAUGAUUUUUGUUGACCAAUGCAUUGGGAUAGGUGACAGCGGCAGUUCGGAUAAAAAUGAUAUUUGUACAGAUGAAAUCAGUGUUAGCAAUGAUUUGUACGAUUUCAUGCAGGCAAUUCUCAAGGAACACCCUCAAUUCGUUAAGAAUGACUUUUAUGUUGCCGGAGAAUCAUAUGCUGGGCAAUUAAUUCCAGCUCUUGCAUCCCGGAUUCUCGAAGGAAACAAAAAUAAAGAAGGAAAUACUAUAAACUUGAAGGGGAUUGCUAUUGGUAAUGGAUUGAUCAACCCAAGAAUUCAAUACCCAACAAACAUUCAGUUUGCAGUUGAUAACAAAUUGAUUACAAAGGAAGAUCAAACUGAUAUCAACAAGUUGGUCCUAUCUUGUGUCGAUGCCAUACAAACUUGCGAGAAUGAAGGUGGAGAUAGUUGCAAAACGGCAUUAAAUCAAUGUAACCAGAAACUUCCCAAAAUCCAAUCCAUUGCAGGCAACGUUAAUCCCUAUGCAUCAGAAAGACAUGUGAGGGAUCGAUGUGUUAUAAUUUCUCAAAUGUGGUGACAUUUUUAAAGAAAAAGACAGUUAAGGAUGCUUUAGGUGUUGGGAGCAGAGAGUUUGUUCCAUGCAGCAAUGCAGUGCCUAAUGCUUUGAAUCAAUAUUCGAUGAGAAACAAUGACGUAUAUAUUCCAGCACUUCUCGAGGAUGGAAUC